AUGCUGGUGAAGGAAAAUCAUAGCGUGAUUCUCUACACGGACGAGGAGAACAUUGAUUUGGUGAAGCUGAAACAAGACGGCGUCCUGACGAACAAAAAAGGGACCUUCCUACAUAAGGACAUAAUAGGAAAAAACUACGGUAGCAAAAUAUACGACAGUGCAUGUAGGAAUUAUAUUUAUGUAUUGAAGAGGACCCCAGAAUUUAUAGCCCUAAGUUUGAAAAAAAAAACGCAAACAUUGUAUGAACAUGAUAUAUCCUUUAUAUGCCUAUUAUGUAAUGCUUUGCCAAAUAAAAAAAUAAUUGAAGCUGGAACAGGCACCGGUUGCUUGACUUACGCUCUGGCCAGUUGUGUUUUGCCAAAGGGGAUCGUUCACACGUUCGAAUAUAAUGAAGAGCGUUAUGAAGAAGUACGAAAUGAAUUCUCCAAUUUUGAAAAUGUAAAAAAUAAUAUUAAAUUUCACCACAAAGAUGUGAUAAAUGAUUCCUUUGUAGAGUUCGAACCGGGGGAAAUAGAUUCUGUUUUUUUGGACAUGCCUAAUCCAUGGCUUUGUGUUCCUAAAAUUAAGGAGGUCCUAAAGGAAAGAGGCGUCUUCGUUAUCUUCCUUCCAUGCAUUGAGCAGGUCUACAAAAUUAUUGACGCACUGGAAGAGAAUCAGUUCUGCGAAAUUGUUACCUACGAACUGGUGAACAAGUCUUGGGAAAUUAUGCGCAAUAAGGGGUCCUCAUCCGGAUCGAAACGGGUCAUCCAUUUAAACGUAGACAUGGCUAAUCAAACGAGUGACCCUUUGGAGGAGGCGAAGAACAGCCAGGCCCCGAUACAGGGAACAAACCCAAUGUAUAGACUCCGCCAGAAGGAGAACAAGACGCAUACCGGGUACUUGAUCUUUUCGAAGAAGCAGCUUAGCGAUGAGCACGAGCAGAUGGAAAUUGAGAUGAAGGGUCUUUAG